GGGUCAGGGAUGCGCGCGCAUCAAGGUUGGGGGGAGACCUUCCCGCCCCGCCCAGAGCGCAGCUGCGGGCGACAGUUGAUGAUCGGAGCUUCGACCCGACGCGACGCAGCGGCCGAGGGAGGGGGACGAGGGUGUCACUGCUUCCGCUCAACCCCCAGUCGCCUGAGACACGCCGCGAGAUGGCUCGCGCGACCUUCCGCAUCUCUGCCCUGUGUGGUUGGUUGGCCUGCGUCUUUGCAGCGGCGGCGGCCAUGUCCGUGCCGCAGCAGUUCCAGUUCCAGCACCACGACAACGAGCAGCUGCCGCAGGUGCUGGAGGCCGUGCAUCGGCGCUGCCCCAACAUCACGCGCGUCUACACGCUCGGCAAGUCCGUGCGGGGCGUGCCGCUCUACGUCAUCGAGUUCUCGUCCACGCCCGGCCGCCACCAGCUGCUGAAGCCCGAGUUCAAGUACAUCGGCAACAUGCACGGCAACGAGGUGCUGGGGCGCGAGCUGCUGCUGAAGCUGGCCGACCACCUGUGCGAGGGACACCGCGCCGGCGACCCGGACAUAGCGAGGCUCGUCGACCUCACGCGCAUCCACCUGCUGCCCAGCAUGAACCCGGACGGCUGGCAGACCGCCACAGACACGGGUGGAAAGGGCUACUUGAUUGGCCGGACAAAUAACAACAGCGUGGACCUGAACCGGAACUUCCCAGAUUUGGAUCGCAUCAUGUUUGGCAACGAGUUAUCGCACAUCCAACACAACAACCACCUGCUGGAACAGGUGGAUCGGCUGUCCGAGCCCAUUCAGCCGGAGACGCGGGCCGUGAUGAAGCUGAUAAUGUCGGUGCCGUUCGUGCUGUCAGCCAACUUGCAUGGCGGGGACCUGGUGGCCAACUACCCCUACGAUACCAGCCGCUCCGGGGCCGUCACGGAGUACACUCGCAGCCCGGACGACCACACCUUCAGGCACCUGGCCCAGUCGUACGCGAAGCUGCACAAGACCAUGUCGGACCCCAACCGGGCUGGCUGCGGCUACGACGGCUACAACUUCGGCAAGCAGGGCGGCAUCACCAACGGGGCGGCUUGGUACAGUGUGCAAGGGGGAAUGCAGGACUUCAACUACCUGUCGUCCAACGACUUUGAGAUCACGCUGGAGCUGGGCUGCGACAAGUACCCGGCGGGGAACACUCUGCAGGAGGAGUGGGAGAACAACAAAGACGCCUUGCUUCACUACAUUUGGCAGGCUCACAUAGGAGUGAAGGGGCAGGUCAGAGACGCCCAGACAGGCAAACCGAUCGCCAACGCCGUGAUACACGUCAAGAACGUAACGGACGGUAGAGAUGACGACAUACAGCACGAUGUCACUUCAGUUCACGACGGGGACUACUGGCGCCUGCUGACGCCGGGAGAGUAUGUAGUGACGGCGUACAGAGACGACUACCGGCCGGAGAGCCACAGGGUGACAGUCGUCAACAACCCUCACGAGGAGGCAGCACGACUGGACUUCGAGCUGCAGCCGGCCAGCAUGCUGAUGGCACCGCUGCCAGACGAAGAAGGCCCGGACUACGAGGAGCCGUACGCGGAUGUCCUGCAGGACAAGCUGGUCAACACCUUGCGCAAGAAGUGGGCGUACCGGGUGUACAAGCGAUCAAUGGACCACAGGACGCGGCACUAGACGUGCCGGCGUCUCCGCUCCUAUCACGACCACUCGGGGAAAGGAAGAGUACGAGUAGAAGAUGCAGUUAUAGUCGUACAUAUUUUUGGACACAAGAAUUUUCAUAUCCACACAGUCAAAAAAAAAAAAAAAAGGCUUAAGUUAAGAUACAGUGAAUGAAUACAGUAUUCUAAUAACUUUAAGAAAUGUCUUUAUCAUUUAAUCGGAUUUACAGAGCACAAGACAAUUAAUUUAUUUGUACUUAAAACCCUGUGUGAAUUGUAGUUUAAUAAAUAUGAAUAGUACA